AUGGCACCAACUCCUUCCAAAUACCAGGGAUCUCCAUUUAGACAACCAAGCAGUCCUCAGCCACAUCACUCAAGUACAAGACAAUCCUCAAUAGUAGAACUGUUAUCUACUCCUCCACCUUUAGAUGUCAAUGAAAAUGACAUUGAGCAACCAAAUUCUUUGAAUCUGUCAAGAAACCCUUCACAAUCAUCAACAUCUUCAUUGAACACCAAUUCUACUAGUCAAACGAGGGAUCCAAAAGAUUGGCAAGAAAUUAGAUUAAAUGAAUUAAUUGAAAGUGCAAAAUUAAUCUUUAUCAAAUCAGAAUUGGCCGUAGAGGAAGCUUUCAAGGUGCUUACUACCCAUAAUUUAACUUCAUUGCCAGUUGAAGAAUAUGAUGAUGAUGUUAAUUGCCUGACUUUUGAUUAUACAGAUUUAAAUGCUUAUUUACUUUUGGUAUUGGGAAAAUUAUCUGUCAAUGAACAAACAUUUGCACAAAACCCAUAUUAUAAAGACCUGGAAGAAAUCAAAGGACUUAUUGAAAAAGCUAAACGAGGUCAACAAGUUCCAGUGAAAUUCGUUUGUCAAUUAACUCCAAAGAAUCCAUUUUACAAAUUAUCAGAAUCUGAAAAUUUAUCUACAGUUAUGGAAAUUCUUGGAUCUGGUGUUCAUAGAAUUGCUAUAACGAACGAAUCAUCAACCAAAAUAACUGGUAUUCUGUCACAAAGAAGAUUAAUAAAAUAUUUAUGGGAUAAUGCAAGAAGAUUUCCAUCUUUGGAACCAAUUUUCCAAUUUCCAAUCUCUGAAUUAAAUAUUGGUAAUUCAAAAGUCAUAUCAAUUUAUGGUGAUGAACCUUUAAUUAAUGCUUUGGUUAAAAUGAAUGUUGAAAAAAUUUCAUCAAUUGCAGUUGUUGACCAUCAUAUGAAUUUACUUGGUAAUAUUUCAGUUACUGAUGUUAAACAUGUUACUAAAUCAUCACAAUCACAUAUUUUACAUAAAACUUGUCUACAUUUUAUUUCAAUAAUUUUAAAUCUGAGAGGUUUAGAAGAUGGGAAAGAUUCAUUCCCAAUUUUCCAUGUUUAUCCAACUUCAUCAUUGGCAAGAACAAUUGCUAAAUUGGUUGCUACUAAAUCACAUAGAUUAUGGGUUGUUCGUCCAUUACAUGGAUCAAAUUCCAAUUCUUCAGGUUCAACACCAACUGGUGCUUCCGUUUCUGGUACCUUAGAAUCUAAUCCAUUAAUACCUGAACAUGAAGGUAGAGCUGGUAAAUUGAUUGGUGUUGUUUCAUUAACAGAUAUAUUAGGUUUGAUCGCAAGAAGACAUGGUAAAUUUCAUGUUGAUCCAAAUCAAGCAAGAAAACAAAGAAGAAGAUCAUCAUCUGCUUCAACAAGAUCAUCUGCUUCAUAUGAGCAAUUUAGAAGAUCAAUUAGUGGGGCAUCAGAUUUAAGAUGA